UCGAAAUUGGCUGUUGUAACGUUUUUUUCAAGAUUUGUUUCAUUAUUUUUUUAAACGAUUUUUAAAUAAAUCAAUAAAUUAAAGAAAAGAGCUUAAAUUAAGUUGAAAAUAGUGUUCAAUUAGAUUAACAAAAAUGAAUGCGGCUUUUCGAUUGGAAAAUAAAAAGAAAUUAAGUCAACAUGAUUUAAGACGACUAAUGAAUGAGCAGAAACAGUCACGAACAGUUGAUACUAAUAAGGUUGACUCACCGUUCGCAAAAUAUGAAAAUGGUCAAUUAACGUGCGUUUUAUGUAAAUCAUUAGUAAGAUCUGAGAGUGUUUGGAAAGUCCAUAUAAAUGCAAAGCAGCAUAAGGAUAAUUUACAGCUGGCCAAACGCCUGAAAGAAAAAUUACAGAAUCAAACAAAAAAAUCAGUCCAGGACGAAAGAGUUGCUGGAUUAAAACGAUCUAUUGAAGAUAUGCGCUCAGAGGUGCCUGAAAAGAAAUUAAAAGGAAUUUUGAAAAAUAGUACAUCAUCGAUUUCAUCAGCAACAACUAUUAUAGCAGUUAAGCAAAAUGAAGCACCCAUUAAUAAGAAGGAAAGUGAUAAAACGCAACAAGAAAAGCCAUCGAUACCUGAUGACUUUUUUGAUUCAAAGCCCAAAUUCACAAAAUCUGUAAAAACAAAAAAUCCAGAAGUUGAAAACGAAAACAUGCAAGUUGACGAGGCACUUCCAGAAGGAUUUUUUGAUGAUCCAGUGAAAGACGCAAAGGCAAGAAAUCUUGAAUAUAAAGAUCCAGUGGAAGAAGAAUGGGACAAGUUUCAAAAAGAAAUUAAAGAAGCAGAAAUCAAAUCAACAAACAUUAUUAAUGUAGAACAUGAGGAAGCGACAGUUGAGAGACAAAUUGAUGAAAUUGAUGAACAAAUUAGGAAUUGGUCUAGGGUGCUUGAAAUGGAGAAGAAGAAGGAAGAAAUUGAAACUAAACUUAAGCAAGAGAUUUCAACUAAGGAUGAUAGCGAUAUAAUAAUGAAAACAAGUGAUACAGAAAGUGAUGAGGACGAAGAUAUUCCUGAGUUUAUCGACUGGCGAUCGAAAAAAAGUCACAAAUAAAUUUUUUAAAUUAAAUCUUCAAUUUUAAUAUACUACAAAUAAAACUUUCCUAAUUAGUAAGCAAUAGCCCAAGAGUUCGCUCAUUUGAAUAUUCACUUUUAAUAGUUUUUAACAUUUGUAGACCAAUUUUUAUUCUUUUCACAUGAUGUCCAUUAAAUUUAUAGUGGAAGCUUGUCCAAUUUUUCUAUUAUCACUAGAGACACCUAAGAAAUGUUUAGAGCUGUUCUUAGAUAAAAUGAAAAAAAUUAAUUCUAAUUGCUUGUCCUAAUAAUGUUAAGCACAAAUGCUUUUGUAUUUCAA